AUGGCUGACGGCAUUUCAAUUAGCUCCUUUGGUCCCGCACGUUCGACGAUCAAAGGGUCUCCGCUGUCCGACAGCGAGGUCGCCCAGCAUAAUGAUUUCUUCAAAGCCAGUUGCUAUCUGGCUCUUGGGAUGAUCUACCUGAAGGAGAACCCGCUCCUCCGCCAGCCACUCACGACAGACCACCUCAAAGCACGUCUUCUGGGGCACUUUGGGUCCGCGCCGGGGCAAAUAUUUACCUAUAUGCACUUUACCCGCAUGAUCAAGAAACACGACCUUGAUGCUUUCUUUGUGUCCGGGCCCGGUCAUGGAGCGCCGGGUGUUCUCUCCCAGUCGUAUCUGGACGGUGUGUACUCGGAGGUAUACCCUGACAAACCUCAAGAUAUCGAAGGGCUUCGGAACAUGUUCAAAAAGUUCUCUUUCCCGGGCGGGAUUGGUUCUCAUGCUACUCCGGAGAUGCCUGGGUCAAUUCACGAGGGAGGCGAGCUGGGCUAUUCCCUCUCGCAUGCCUUUGGUGCUGUAUUUGACUACCCAGAUCUGAUUGCUUUGACGAUGGUGGGUGACGGCGAAGCCGAGACCGGGCCGCUUGCUACUUCUUGGCAUAGCAAUAAGUUCCUGAAUCCCAUUACCGACGGCGUUGUUCUUCCCGUCCUUCAUCUCAAUGGCUACAAGAUCAACAACCCCACCAUUCUUUCGCGCAUCUCUCAUGCCGAGUUGGUGAAUCUCUUUCUCGGCUACGGCUGGCAGCCCUAUUUUGUGGAGGGCGAUGAAAUGGACAGCAUGCAUCAGGCCAUGGCAGCCACGCUCGAACACUGUGUCUCCGAGAUCAAGAGCUUUCAGAAACGCGCCCGAGAGAGCAAACAGGCAUUCCGCCCCAAGUGGCCCAUGAUCAUCCUGCGCAGUCCGAAGGGGUGGAGCGGCCCGCGCAAGCUGGACGACAACUAUCUGGAGGGGUUCUGGAGAAUCCACCAAGUGCCCAUUACAGAUCCUGCUACAAAUUCUGCCCACUUGCAGGUUCUUGAGGAUUGGAUGCGCAGUUACGAGCCCGAUCGGCUGUUUGACAAAAAGGGUGCACCUAUUCCGUCCAUAACGGCCCUCUGCGCAUCUGGAAACCGUCGGAUGAGCGCAAACCCGGUCGCAAACGGCGGGCUUCUAAAAAAGCCUCUCCGAAUGCCUGAUUUCAAGGAAUACGGCAUUGCGGUCAACCAUCCUGGAGCCGUUUACGACGCCAGCAUGCAGAACAUGGCCAAGUUUCUUCGUGAUAUAAUGGCUCUCAAUCCAACAAACUUUCGACUCUUUGGACCAGACGAGACCGAAUCGAACAUGCUGGCCAAUGUCUAUGAGGCCGGUAAAAAGGUAUGGAUGGCCGAGUUUCUAGAAGAGGACGCCAACGGCGGCAACUUGGCGAUGGCCGGUAGAGUCAUGGAGAUGCUCUCCGAGCAUACCUGUGAGGGCUGGCUGGAGGGCUAUAUACUAAGUGGUCGCCACGGACUUCUGAACUGCUACGAGGCAUUCAUCCACGUUAUUGACUCCAUGGUCAAUCAGCACUGCAAAUGGCUCGAGAAAUGUAACGAGGUUGACUGGCGGGCCAAAGUUGCGUCUCUGAACAUCCUUCUUACGGCGGUCGUCUGGCGUCAGGACCACAAUGGCUUUACCCAUCAGGAUCCCGGAUUCCUCGAGGUAGUUGCCAACAAAAGUCCAGAAGUUGUCCGCAUCUAUCUCCCGCCGGACGGCAACUGCUUGCUCUCCGUCAUGGAUCAUUGCUUCCGUUCAACAAACUACGUCAAUGUCAUAGUAUCUGACAAAAAGGAGCACCUACAAUAUCUCGACAUGGACAGUGCAAUUAAACACUGCACAAAGGGAAUUGGCAUUUGGCCACAAUUCAGCUCGGAUAGCGGGGAAGAGCCUGACCUCGUGAUGGCUUCCUGUGGCGACAUUAGCACCCAGGAAAGCAUCGCCGCUAUUGAUCUCCUUUUGACAUUCUUUCCGGACCUGAAGAUCCGGUGCGUCAACUGUGUCGACUUGUUCAAGCUCAUCCACCCUAUCGAUCAUCGACACGGUUUAAGUGACAGGGAGUGGAUCAGUAUUUUCACAGACGACAAGCCUAUCAUCUUCAACUUCCACGGUUACCCGUGGUUGGUACAUCGGCUGACCUACAAACGGCCCGGCAGCAUCAACCUGCAUGUUCGGGGCUACCGUGAGCAAGGCAACGUCGACACGCCGCUGCUGCUGGCAAUUCAAAACCGUACAGACCGAUUCAGUCUUGCCAUCGAUGCGCUUGACCGCAUGCCGCAUCUACACAACCGUAGCGCAGCGGCAAAGCAAAUGCUGGCCGACGAACAGAUUGCAGCACGGCUCGAGGCGAUUGAAACGGUACAACGUUUCGAAUUUUAA